AGCUGUCGAAGUGAAUGCAAGUCAUCUCUUCCAUCACAUUGUCAUGGCGUCAUUUAAAAUUCCUCUGACCCUCGCGGUGCUGCUGAUGGCCUUCAUCGCUAUAGCAGUGGCCGUACCUGGUGGAUUUGGUCACCACGGCGGACACAGCUUUAGCCACCACAGCGGACAUGGUUUUGGCCAUGGUAAUGGUGGAUACGGCAAAGGCCACGGAUUCAAAGGAGGAUUCGGCGGGGGUGGAUUUGGGAAAGGAUUCGGAGGAGGAUUUGGCCACGGGCAUGGUGGUGGCUAUGGCCACUAAGUGAGGCCGAAGAGUUAUUGUGUUCUUGUUAUUUCAUUACGCAUGCUAUUAAGGGAAUGAAACGAGCAAGUGUGCAAAUUCAGCCUAACUCCUACCUUAAAACAAACUGGUGUCAUGGUUGAGCUUUUUAUCAUGAUACUGGAAUAAAUAAUUUUUGAGAUCACAGAUACAAUAUGAGUAUCUUCUUAAAGUUUCAACUACUGACACUGAUCAGUGGGUUAUCGCAAUUGUGUUCAGUUGGCAGUUGCGUUGGGUAUUGUACCCGGGCUUUAGAGAGUCAGUUUUAAAGUUUGAGCUACUUGUGUAUGGAGUUGGAUAAAUGAAUAUAAACGAUAAAUGUUAA